AUGCGUUCUCUUAAGCCACUCCUCCUGGUUGGCAUCAGUGCUGCUGCUGCCACUGCAGACCCCCUGUCAACGGUAUUUGUCACCGUACCUGCUUCGCCAACUACCGAGACAAUCUACGCUCUUGGCAAUGGGCCAAUGGCCACUGCGGACAUCAAAGCUAUGGUCAACGGAGCUGCACAAGUAACUUCGACUGCAAUCACAACGACCGUCACCGCCUCGGUAAUCUCCACUCAGGUCAUCAGCGUCAUCCAGGCUUCCUCGCCAGUCGAAGGUCAAGCAGCUUACUCUUUCAUCGAGGACAAUGGUACCACGACCUGGCUCGGUGCAACACCACCAGCUUCGGCUUCCCUGAUCACUAGCACUCAGAUCGUCACUCUGCAGCCAGUUCCUCCCGGCUAUGUUGCUCCUCCCGUCGAGAUCACUCCCGUCACAAGCUACUUGACUCUUUCCUCCACUAAGACAAUUACCGAAACUCGUACCGAAACCCAGACGCUGGCCAGUUUCACUGCUUUUGCGUCAGCCGGAGCGUACACUGGACUUGCAUCUCACGGUUGGAACUCGAGCAUUUCGACGUUGAUCACGGUCAAAUCCCUUGCUAUUGGAUCAGUCAUUAUUCCACCUUCCGGUAUUGUGUCUUUUUCUCCUGGCAACGCAACCCAUCAAAUCAAGGCUAGGGAUGUUACAGAUAUCGUCGUCGCAACCAUCGAUGGUGUGGCUGUCUCCUGGACCAACAACUAUGAUGGCACAUUUCCGUCAUCUUCAGAUACAUCACCAAUUGCUGUCCCAGUCACAGCGACAGCACUACAAUCCGAGCCAAAAUCUUCUCCGACCUCUAGCACCUUUUCUAGCCCAGUGCAAACAGAAUCAAGUUCUCCCACGGGUGCAACCACUACGGUCGGCGUCUAUGCGUGGGACCCGAUCCCUACUCCCUUCCCAACAAGCACGUCUUCGUCAUCUGGAGCUCAGCUGACAACGAGCCAUGCCUUGUAUUCAAACACUUCGACAGCCUCGAGAACCGCGGCCACUGCCAUUGCCUCUUCAUGUGGUGAUGCAUCCGCUCAGUUCAUGAUAGACUUCGACGAUUUACCAGCUUUUUCGGCAGGUCCUGGGGACACAGAUAUUCCUCCUAUCUUCAAUCCCUACCAUAAGCUAUUCUUCCAAGAGUACUUCGGAUACGUUCCUCCUCCAUCUGAUCCUUUUCCACCUAUCUCGCCUCCACAGCUCGCAGUAUAUCGCGCGGACGGGUCAGGGGCGACCGGUUCACCAGACGCGGGGGUCGAAUUGUCUGGUGAGAUUGGUAGUGGACCGAGGGCAUCGGAUAGUGCCUACUGGAUCGAUGCCUACUCAGCUUAUCUUGGCUGCACCAAUCCUGGCCCCGAAGACUGCAGCAUCAUGGUCAAAGGCUAUCAGAACUGGUCUACAUUCAGUGUCAUUACUCAGGGAUUUACCCAGCCCCCCUGCCCAGGAAUGAAGAAAUGCUCUUUGGCGUUGGUGGAGUUUGCUGACGGCUUCCGCGGUUUGACGGGGCUUCAAAUCAUCGCGACGGUUGGAACCACGCCCGUUGACUGGUACAUGGACAACCUGAGCCUGGGUUGGUCCAACAACACGUGUGCAGCGCAGCUGGAGCGUUCCUCGCAAGAGUAG